AUGGGAAACACUCCAACAACUCCAAAUGUUACCAAGCCUUGUUCAGUAUAUAUAGUCGGUUCUCCACAUAGUGGAAAGACGACUCUAAUUAACAAUUUAGCUGACGACACUCCAGACACUCCUCAAAAAGUCUUCAAAUUGUACGUCAACAACACAACUGUUUUGGUCAACUUAGUAGAGACGCAUUCAUUAGAAGAAUACAAUCAAAUGUAUUUCAAAGAUUAUUCAACGAAAUUUGUGAUUCUUGUCAUCGACCGUUCAAGUCAAGAGUCUUAUGAAUACGCAGUAAAUGCGUGUGAUGAAGUCAAUUUUGAAUGUUUACAAAGGUUAGUGGUUGUACCCAAUAUCACUGGCACGUUACAAGUGACCGAAGACGAUUUAAAAAUGUUUGCCGCUUCUGCUUCACAUCACCCGUACUUUACAGUGGACAAUAGUGAUACUAAAUCUUGGGCUACGGAUAUCAAAAAUUGCCUUCGCGACUUAUUAACAAAAGCGUUAGCUCCCAGAGUCGAGCCCAUGAGGAAAAAGAAGCCGGUGAUUCUUCUUUAUGACGAAAAUGGCACUUUAGGAGAGAAGAGAAGAACAACAGCGCAAAUCACUUUUAAGACGCGAAAUAUAGAAAUUGGAGAGACAUUUCCUUUGGUUCAAGAAAUUGAGUCGAAAGAUGGAAAUAGUGAAAAUAAGACAUAUCAAUGGGAGUUGGAGUAUUCAAGUGGUGGAAAGUCUAAUUGUGACAUCUUUGUGGAGAACAGAAAGUACUCGUAUUUGUUCUGGGAAGGAGUUCUGAAUGGUACUUUAGAGGGUAGAAAUAUCAGUGUUAAUAGCGUAGAAGAACUUUCUGUUUUAUUAGGAAGACUCGGACUUAAUGAAAGAGAAAGAAACGAUUUUGUUGUUUAUUGGAUGAGAGAUAUUUAUAAAUUUAAAUCAAUUGGAGUUCGAUUGGUCGAAGAAGAGUAUGAGAAACAAGUGGAACUUGAAAUUGAUGGGUUUGAUAAAAAGAGAAGAGUUAUCAUUGGAAUGUUUGAUGCAAGUGGAAUGAAAUUUGAUGGAAUAGAAAGUGUUAAACAAAUUGAAAGACCUAAAGGUAAAUAUAUUAUCGAAUGGGGAGCUUUUAUAAUUCAUUAA